UUUGUGUUUCUCAUGUCCCAUUUCUAUAGAUCAGACGAAUGAGACUAUGCAAAUCCUGGGGUCGGGAAGGUUUUCUUUACGAACCCGAUUACAAUCCUACUUAAGGUUUCAAGAGAAAGUUGAAAUGGCUAAAACAAGGAACAAAUCAAGUAAAUCAACAACAGGGGCAGACAAACCGAAACCCACAAUAAAAAAACAGAAAGAAAAAGUUGUCAAGAAAACCGAAAUAAAGAAAAAGACUAAAGCUGCCAUUGAUGACAUGAAAAAUGAAGAAACUUCGAAAGCUUCACCUAAACAUUAUCCUAAAUUGAUUGAUGAGGAUACAAAUUUUGAGUCUCCAGAUAAACUGGUAUUUACAGCCAAACCAUGCACGAGAAAUAACAAGGGGGAACUAAUAUUUGAAGAUUUUAAGGAAUUCCGUCCGAAUCUGACCCCAAAAGAAGUUUUACAGGCUGGUAGUUUUGGUGGUACUUAUUUCCGUCCAAUCAAAUCUAGUGUUACAGGUAAAAAGUAUUCAUCUGAAGUUUGGAAAGAAUUACCCAGUGAUUGGUUAAAAGGCUUAAAUAUUGGUUCUCAGGUAGCGUGUAGUAAAUAUGAUGAGUCCGUGAAUAAAUAUGGUGUAAAAUGUGGAGGUAGCCUGGAGAUGUGGGAGACGUCUGGUUGGAUACAUAAACAGGAUCCAUAUGGUUGGUUCCAAUGGUAUUGUAGAUUUUAUCAAGGAAGACGAACCCCAGAUGAUGAAAGACAGAUUGGUCGCUGGUUGCGAUGUGCGGGAAAGACAGGAAGAUGGAAGAAUAAUUUGAUCUCUAAAUGUGUUAAUAGUGGAUGUGGGUAUGAUAAUAUAGGGGUAUCCCCGGUCGUACGACAGACCUUAUUACACUGGGGUUAUAGUUUAACAAAAGAAGACUUCGACACAGAAGCUAAACGUUUAAAACGGAAAAAAUAACAUCCAUUGUGAUUUAGACAGAGAAGUGGUGGUUAACAUCCACUCGACACAAACUAGAUCAUUUUUGGGACUAACAUAUGGUUUGAUUUUAUUUCAAUACUAUUAAGGCCCAAGAGAGAUAUAAAUGGUGUUUAACGUCCACUUAACACAUUUUGGGACCAACAUGGUUUAGUAGUAAUGUAGUUGUUGUCAAACACAAUUUUGGGAUGAAAACAACACUGAAUCAAUGAAAGACCUUAUGAUCUAAAGUGUACUUCAAUUUGUAAUUUGUAUGUCAAUAUGCUUGUCAGGAAAUGGGGGGGGGGGGUCAUGAUGGCUCAGUGGGUAAGACGCCGGCUCGCUAGCUUGGAGGUCAGGUGUUCAAUCCCUGCAUUGGCCGAGAAACUUCUUCCAGAUUUUCCGGCAUGGUAAAAGAUCCCUUGACUGUUCAAAUUUGAUAUAAGAGUAGGCCGUAGCGCCGCCUUCCGGGCAAAAUUUCCCUCAUAGCACAGCGUAUGGCGUAUGCCCUUCUUCAUUAGCCUAGUUGGAGUAGGACAUUAGGACAUUAAACCCAAUUUCAUUUCAUUUGCCAGGAUAUUCUUAUAAUUUCCUCAUGUUAAUGGAAAUUCUGAUUAGUAAUCAAUUAGAUGGGUGUGGUCUAAACAAUUCUAAUAAAUUAAUGCUCAUCUUUGUUUUAAUAAUAUUUAUAAUGAAAGGCAGCAUGGAUUAUUGAUAUUGUAUAUUUCAUACAUGAAUUUACACCAUUUUAUUAUACAUGCAAUAUUAUUAUAGUCUUUUAUUAAAUUGUAUAAUAUUAAAUAUAGAAAAUAAA